CUGAUUGUCGCCUUUCGGCAUUUUCACAACAUUGCGCGCUGCUUCUUAUUUUCUGUUGGAUAUUUCGACAUUCCCACGCGAUUUACGUAAUCUGCGAGAGAAACCAGUCUACCCCCAUCCUCCUCCUCUCCCCGGCGAUGUCGCGAUCCGCCCAAGAAGCGGCCGCUCUGCUGCGCGGACUGCGGAUUCUGCUGGAGGCGUGUGGGCGGGAGCACCUCGCCCACGGUCGUCACCUGUGGAGCAACUCGAGCAUUCGUGAGCUCAUCGCCUCGAAUGCCGCACACGCCACACAGCUGGCGAGGAAUACGGGCAGAAAUCCCACGGAGGAGCUGCGAAAACUGCAGCAAUCCCUGCAAGAAACCGGCGAACGUGGCUACGUGGUGGCCCAGGGCAUCUGCUCGCUGCUCCAGACCAAAAUGCAGAUGUCACAAGGGGAUUCAGGGCAACAGCCGUCGGCUGAACCCGGAAAACCUCUAGGGAAACCCCAAAAUCAAGGAAAUUUCGAUGCCGCCAACCUGGACAUCUCCUCCAUCACUUUGCAGGAGUUCGAGGAGAUCCUGUCGCGCAGGAACAAGGAUCGCAACGUUAGCCUGCGCACGCCAGCUACCCAGGGAAGCCAAAAGCAGCCGGAGCAGCCACCGGGAAUCAUCCAGGACACCGAGUAUGUGAACAAUGUGCUGCGCUUUGUGGCGGGUGCAAAAACCCAGGAGGAGGAGCAGGUUCCUCCCAUAGAAACACCCCAGCUGAGCCAGGUGGCCAAGCAGCGCAAGGUGCCCUCUUCGCGGCUGGGCAGGAUGGCCUCCUUUGGCGGUUUGUUUGCCGGUCUGGGCAUUGGAACCCUCAACGAACUGACCAAGGGAGCACUUGGUCUGGGCGGCUCCACCAGCAUGCGGGAGGCUCUACUGAGCCCGGCGAACGCCGAACGCAUUGUGGACACGCUGUGCAAGGUGCGAGGAGCCGCGCUAAAGAUUGGCCAGAUACUAAGCAUCCAGGACUCGAGUGUUGUGUCCCCGCAACUGGCCAAAGCCUUCGAGCGAGUGCGUCAGGCGGCGGAUUACAUGCCCGAUUGGCAGGUGGAGCGCGUGAUGAACACCCAGCUGGGCGCCGAUUGGCGGCAGCGUCUCCAGACGUUCGAGGAGAAGCCCUUUGCCGCCGCCUCCAUUGGCCAGGUGCAUCGGGCAACGCUCAAAGGCGAUGGAAUGCCCGUGGCCAUCAAGAUACAAUAUCCCGGGGUGGCCCAGAGCAUCGAGAGCGAUAUUGAUAACCUGGUGGGCAUGCUCAAGGUCUGGGAUGUCUUCCCGCAGGGCUUCUUCAUCGACAAUGUGGUGCGCGUGGCCAAGAGGGAGCUGCAAUGGGAGGUGGACUACGAACGCGAGGCGGAAUAUACGGAGAAGUUCCGCGAGAUGAUCGCCCCCUACCCGGAAUACUAUGUUCCCCGGGUGGUGCGCGAUCUGACCACCUCGAGUGUCCUGACCACCGAACUGGUGCCGGGAGUUCCCCUCGACAAGUGCUUUGAUUUGAGCUACCAACAUCGUGCCCACAUAGCCGCCUCCGUGCUGAAGCUCUGCCUGCGCGAGCUCUUCGAGAUCGAGUGCAUGCAGACGGAUCCCAAUUGGUCAAACUUCCUGUACGAUGCGCCCAGCCGGCGGCUCAUGCUGAUCGACUUUGGCUCGACGCGCUUCUACCGGCACGAGUUCAUCCGGAAUUAUAGGCGUGUCAUAAUGAGCGCCGCCGAGGAUAAUCGCCAGGGAGUUUUGGAGAUGUCCCGCCAAAUGGGCUUCCUCACGGGCUACGAAACCAAGCAGAUGGAGCAGGCCCACGUGGAUGCCGUGAUGAUUCUGGGCGAGAUCUUUCGCUACGACGGCGAGUUCGAUUUCGGAAGGCAGAACACCACCGAGCGACUGGCCGCCUUGGUGCCCACCAUGGUGGCCCAUCGGCUGUGUCCGCCGCCCGAGGAGAUCUACUCCAUCCAUCGCAAGCUGUCGGGGAUCUUCCUGCUGUGCGCGAGGCUCAAUGUGCGCAUGAAUUGCGUGCCCUUCUACAAGGAGAUCGUGCUGGGGAAAUUCAAGGACUAAUCUUAUCGCUAGGAACCCAGUUGUAGUUGUAACCGCUAAGUGCGCUUAAUUUGUAAAUCCAAUUUGCAACACUAUUACAGAGGUUUGUGUAACAUCCUGGUUUUCUGUGCCAAGGAUCUGCGGAAUCACAAGCUCUGUACUUUUUUUUUUGUUAAAUGGUAUCAAAUAAAUCUAUUAACAUAAAACUACAAAA